GCUGCUGCUGGCUGCAGGCAAUCAGAUCCCCCCCCCAUCCUUUUUCAGUCCUCCUGACAUACAUCUGUGAAAGAUCCCAAAUACUUACAUUUUCCAUUUCCAUCCUCCCGCAACCGCAACGCAACACAUCGUCACCUUACACAUCAGCCGAGUCUUAUCUCAUCGUACCUCCCCGUUGGCCUGCUCCCCAUUCUCCUUCCUCGCUCCCAUGUGUGCGUGCUGUGUCAUGGGCACAGCCGUAGCAGUGUCUCGAAAGUGGGAAGAAGCUUCCGCAGCGUGAAAGAGUGUUGGCCCCACACGACCGAGAGAGACGUCCGUUUUGUUGCGAACAAGAACAGGCUAUGCCGACCAGUCCAGGGCACGAACGGCGACCAGAGCCCAGGGGUAUGCUACCUAAGAAAUGUCGAUAUUGUGAACGGAGGUUUUCCAAAGCAGAGCAUUUGAAGCGUCACCAGAGAUCUCAUACUGGCGAACGACCAUAUACCUGUCCUCGCUGCAACAAGAGUUUCUCCAGAAGUGAUGUCUUGAUACGGCAUUUGAAAAAUCACCCCCAGAUUGCUGGCGAAGAGAUUGAAAAGAGCUCUUCAGAAGGAGAUUUCAUCGAAGUAAACGGCGCGCCUCCUCACGAUCCGAAUCGACCUCCAAGCCUUCCUUCCAUACAUGAGCAAAUACCCCAAGAUGUGCAUCAGCGACAGGAAUACAUCCCAUCGCCGUCAGUCAUCGACCCCGCACUUGAAGGCCCUCUCGAAGAUCAUGUUGAACGAAGAUCCUCGCAUUCAGUACCGUCCGGACUAGAUCACCUCGCGCAACUAGCUUCACAACAGAAAUGGGGGAACGGAACAAUGGAUGCGGUUAUGGGAGAUUCAGCAAAUGCUGCUCUACCGGAAAUGAGUGGUUCGCCAACCUGGAAUAUGGAGAUUUCGAAUGGUUCGCACCCCUCACAUGGCGAAGUUGGGUUUGAUGCAAGACCAGUGCAACCAGAUCCAAGCUUUCAGAAUCUUGGACCAUCGCCGAAUACGGCUUCAAGAUUCAGUUUCGAACAUGAUAUAUAUGCUGGGAGAUUGAAUGGAAUGCACGAUCAAAUGACCCCAGACAUGGGCGGAAUAGCCCCCGACGUAGCGAUUAUGCCACAGGAUCUCCAGACCUGGUUUGAUCAAUUCGACUUGGAAUCGCAUCUUCAACCAGGAAACAUGCCCGAGUAUAGCCAGAGUCAGCACAAUGGAGCCCCGCCUUCUUCGAUCGGACGGCGAGGGUCGGCUAUAACUUCUGAAGGACAUUCUGUGCGAAAUGCCAGUUCUCCGUCAACAUUGAUCCCAACGGAGAGAUUCGCCAAAGUUGAAAGAUGUUGGCCAAUUCGUCAUAGCAACCCGCUUCGUCUGAUGCCUACCUUGUGGUGGGAUGCAGUGAUGAAGACGGAAGAUAAUCUAUUUUCGAAUAGCAAUCUCUCACCAGAAGCAAUAGAGCAAAAUCGACAAUGCGGCUCACGAUGGGGAUUGGACGAGGAUUGCAGAGAGCGGUUACAGAAGAUGUUUGUCACCAUCAAUCAUUCAGCUCGAGAUUCCGGACCAGCAGCAUUCAGCUCUCCUGAGAAUUAUUCCUCGCCAUCCGAUACCAGAUCGACUGGCCAAGCACCAUCGGUCAUGGGUGAUGGUUUGAUCACUACCAACUUUCCUCCUGCAGAGAUUUUCGAUAUUGGACUGGAUCUGUACUUCCGCCAAUUCCAUCCAUUGAUGCCUUUUAUUCACACUCCCACAUUUUGUCCGAAAACCGCACCGACAUCGAUUCUAUUUAUUAUGUGCCUUAUUGGUUUGACAAUACUGCAGACGAAAGGCGCAACUGCGUUUGUGCGACAGACAUUUUCAAAAGCUUUAGAGCAAGUAUCUGCUGAGCUCAUUCCUGCAUCGGGUGUAGAAGGAAGUCGAAUAGAUCAGAUGUCAAGUCUAGCAAGUGCUGUUCUUAUCUUGAAUUUGACUGAAAUGACUGGCCAAAAGUCUCAUCAAGCUCAAUGCCAGAUGUUGUAUACAAAUGUCAUUAUCACUGCUCAAAAGAACGGAUUGUUCAAUUCGAAUGGUGGUCAACCUUUGACCGAUGCAUUCUUCAGCCAGAUCACAGAUCUAGAUGCUCGAUGGAAAGCAUGGAGUAGAAUUGAAUGUGCAAAGCGCCUUAUUUUAUCCCUCACAAUGGUCGAUACCUGGUACUCAGCAAUGCUCCACACUUCUCCCAUCCUCCGAACCGAAGACAUUCAAGUCAUCCUACCCUGUGACGCCGCCCUCUUCCAAGCACCUACCGCCCAACGAUGGGCUCAUCUUGCGUCCACAAACCAACUAACCAUGCCAACCAUCUCCCUUUCCGGCGACACACUCACCCUCCCCGAAGUAUCAUCAACACUUGAACCCCUCGGAAUGCACUGCAUCCUUUCCAUUAUCCGCCUCCGAAUAUCUCAAGACUUCCAUCGCAUCCUCUCAGGAACCUCUCGUCGCGCAAUAGACCAAUCCUUCGUUCCUUGCCUCAGCUACGAAUCCGAUCCCUCCGCACGACGAACCAAGAAUCUCGUCGUCCAAGUAAUGAGAUCUUACUCUAGUCCUCUCACUACCAUGAACCCGAAUUGUAUCGUCCUCUGGCACAACAUGUGCAUAAUGCUCACCUCCGACAUUCGCUUGUUUGAGAUGGGCGCCGGUUGUGCGGGCGCUCCAGCGGCAAGACAAGCGCUGGAUGAUAUUGCUCGCUGGACUCAGACAACUAGUGCGAGAAGAGCAUGUUUGCAUGCUGCUCAAACGUUCAAGUUGAUGAGCAACAGGAGAGCUAGUGAUGGAGAUCCUUUCCAUGCUUCAUCUGGUCUGUUCCUUUCAGCUCUCAUUCUGGGAUUGUAUGUCUUCAUGGUCCCGCCUGAAAGCGAGAGUAAUGGAAAGAUGAACCAAGGGUUUGAUCUUAUCGACGAUGUUGAUUGGGCUGCGGUUGGGGAUGAGGGACUUGCUUCUACUUCUACCGCGGACAACGAAGUUACUCAUGAUGCGGCAGUGAAUUUCAUUAGAAAUGGAGGAGGUAUCUGUUUUGACGGUGUGAUGCAUUCCCCCGGAUAUGAAGCGGCAAGGAGGAUCUUGCUGGAUUACGCGAGGUUGUUGGAGGAUAUCGGACGCUGGAGGGUGAGGAUUAGUCAGUUCUCGAGAGUUUUGAGAAUCAUGAGUGACGCGCUUGUCGAUGUUGAGAUGGCGGGUUAAUGAUCGUCUGUCUGUCAUUUUAUUAAUGGAAUGGGUCUCUUUACGGGCACGGUCACGGGAUGGGAUCGGCGUUUGACUUGGAAGCUGAUGAAGCGGGGCCUCAAAAUUCAUCAUCGUUAUGAUAUUCAUGUUUGUGUGUCUUCUGGGAUG